CAGCCCAGUCAUCUUCAGCCGACCAGAAGACCAAAAGAAAGUGCGUGGCUAGGGCCCGGAUAAUAUUUGCUAUAUUUGGAUAUUGCUCCGCUUGAUCGGUGAUGGAUGCCUGGGCCUUUUCAUCAUUUAUCUUCGAGUGCAGCGGGCUAAUGGAACUGCAAUGGGUUCCAGGAACUGGAGCGGAACGAUGACGACGAUGGUCAUGAUGACGCUGCACCCGGACAGACUGCUCGGCCAAUUUCGGGUGGAGUAAUUAAAAAGAUUAAAUUAACCCUGGCAUUGCAGAAAAUGAGGUCCCACCAGCUGCCCGGAUUUUUGCUCCUCCUCCUGACCGUUUGGGUCGGCGGCAGAACUACUACUCCGGACUUGGACGAGGAUUGCGAGCUGAAUGCUGUCGAUACAAUGCAUGACUUUUGCUGCGACCUGCACGACGAAAGUCCGCAGUUUAGCGACUGCCAGACGAAAUGGCACGACAAGAUCCGCUACGAGACGGACGAGGAGGAGCAGACGUACAUGUUUUGCACCGCAGAGUGUAGUUUCAACAAUACCGAGUUCCUGGGCACGGAUCGUCGAUCGCUAAAUCUGGUCGAGGUAAAGGAGCAUUUGGAGAGCGACCUGGUCAACGAUGCGGACGUGGAGCUUCUCUAUGACACCUACGUCAAGUGCGACAAGCAUGCGCUCUCGCUUUUGCCGCACAAGGGAGUUAAGCAGCUGGCCAGACGCCUCGCCCGCCACGGCUGUCACCCGUAUCCCGGUUUGGUCCUCGAGUGCGUGGCCAACGAGAUGAUCCUCCACUGCCCGACGAAGCGAUUCCGUAGAACAGCCCAGUGCGAAGAGACCCGCAAUCAUCUGAAGCAAUGUAUGCAGUAUCUAAAGUACAAAUCCUAA